AUGUUCCCGCCAACUGGCGGAGAUGGAGCCGGCGGGUUCAAGGAGGAUCUAAACAACGUUCUAUGUUGUCCAGACUGCAAGGAGAUCCCCCCCAACCUGGUGGAGGAAUUCUCUAGCGGAGACAUGGUGUGUCAAAGCUGCGGAGUUGUUGUUGGUACUCGUAUCAUCGACACAAGAUCUGAGUGGCGAACAUUUGCCAACGACGACCAAGGUGGUGACGACCCCAGCCGUGUCGGUGGACCUCAGGAUGAGUUCAUUGAAGGCGAGCAGUUGGCCACCAGCGUUGCCUUCUCGGAGUCCAAGGCACACAAGGCUUUGUCAAGAACCCAAAACAACACAAAUGUCGACAAGGGACAGAAGAAUCUCAUGCAGGGCUACAAGGAGAUUGUGGCACUCUGCGAGACUAUCAACAUGGGUCAAAACGUGUCCAACGCCGCCAAGCACAUCUUCAAGCUUGUUGACAAGCACAAAGUCUUGAAGGGAAAGCCUCAAGAGGCCAUCAUUGCUGGUUGCAUUUUCAUCGCAUGCCGUCAGAAUAACGUUCCUCGUACAUUCCGUGAAAUCUUCAACCUCACAUCAGUUCACAAGAAGGAAGUCGGUCGAGUGUUCAAGCAGCUCCAGGCAUUCCUGCUUAAGAUUCAAGACAAGGAGGGCGGAGAAGGCGCCACCGGCUUGAACACCGUCACACACUACGAGAACACUGCUGUUGGUGCAGCUGAGCUUUGUGGUCGUUACGUCUCCCAACUUGGCUUCAAGAACCAACAAAAGAUCUCCAAGAUCUCUCGCGAACUGGCCGAGCAAGGCAUGGCCAAGAACCAGAAUCUUUCUGGCCGAUCUCCUCUUUCUGUUGCAGCCGCUUGUAUCUACAUGGCAUGCCAUCUAGUUGGAGAACCCCGUGCUUCUCAGCCGAUUGCCAAGCAAGCUGGUGUCAGCGACGGCACCGUCAAAACAGCGUACAGAUUUCUCUUUGCCGUCCGAAAUGAAGUUGUCAAGGAGGAGUGGCUCAAAGACGGCAUAACCAUGGACAGCAUCCCGCAAGUCCAAGCGUAG